CGUCACAUUUGUGUUUGAAAUGCAUUUCCUUUUCCUUUGAAUGCUUUUCAGUGAAAACAAUUGAAACCAUCGAUAAUGAAGAUCGAGGCGUGUUCAUUCAGUGGGUACAAGAUCUACCCUGGUCACGGCAAACGCAUCGUUAAGGCCGAUGGCAAGGUGUACAUCUUCUUGAACGCGAAGGCAGAGGCGGCGCAUCUGAUGCGUCGAAACCCCCGUAAGAUCACGUGGACUGUCCUCUACCGACGCAAACACCGCAAAGGUAUCGAAGAGGAGCUCCAGAAGAAGCGCACGCGAAGAACCACUAAAUUCCAGAGGGCUAUCGUCGGCGCCAGUCUUAACGACAUUCUCGCCAAACGUAAUAUGAAGCCAGAGGUCAGGAAAGCCCAGAGAGAACAGGCGAUUAGGUAUGUGUUGCGUGUCUGCGGCGGUGGUGGCCCUCACGAGUGGCACCGUUUUGACCGCUAUUUGAUUGGUAGCUGCGAAAGAGAAACAGAGGGCAGCGAAGACCCAGAAGAAGGCAUCGUUACCUCCCGCGAAGGCUGGAAAGGCAAAGGCGGCCCAAAAAGCAGCCAAACCUAUGAUGACGAAAGCGCCCAGAGUUGGAGGAAAGAGAUAAUCGAGACAUUCGCCUGUUUUUCUCUUUUUAACAAAUUUGUCGCUAAAUUUUGGCAGAGUUGGGCCAUGAUAUUCGCCGCAUCCGAGUAUACGGUCUCCUUAUAUGACGUGAUCGGCGAGAAUGUGGACAAAGCUUUGGUAUCAAUCGAGAGUCAGUUGAAGAACUUGGAGGCCAAGGGCUUACUUCGCGGUCAAAUCAGUGCCAAACAACAGUUCGCUCUAAUAAGCAAAGCAAACACUUUGAAAGACUGUCUCCACAACGCUAUUCACGUUCAGGAAUGUGUGUUCGAAGACUUGGAGCUGAAGAGGAAAGUGUUCAAAGAGUUGGACGAAAUAGCAUCGGAUGACGUGGUUCUGUGCAGUUCGACGAGUUGUAUACUGCCCUCACUAUUCCAGUCCGAUCUCAAACACCGUCGACAGGCCAUCGUUGGCCAUCCGGUGAACCCGCCCUAUACUAUACCAUUGGUCGAAGUCGUGCCCAACAAAUACACCGACGAAGAGGUGGUUAAGAGGACUCGAGCUCUGUUCACAGCCGUCGGUCAGAAGCCGGUGGUGUUGAAGAAGGAGGUGAACGGCUUUAUAGGCAAUCGCAUACAGUAUGCGAUUCUCAGCGAAACCUAUCGUCUGAUCGAAGAGGAAGUGAUUAGUGUUGAGGAUGUGGACACUGUUAUGGCCGACGGGUUUGGCUUGAGAUGGGCAUUGAUGGGCCCGUGGGAGACCGCACACCUGAACGCCCAAGGAAUGAAAGAGUACUUUGAGAAAUACGCGAAGAGUAUGAACAGUGUUUGUCAAGACUUCGGAGCCGUUCCCUCGUUUGAGGGCAAAGGCGCUGACAUUAUAACAAAGGAAAUGCAUAAACGAAUUCCUGUCGAAGAUUUGCCACAAAGAAGGCGUUGGAGAGACGAAAGACUCAUUGCUUUGACACAAUUGAAGAAGAAAUUGGAUCCAUAA